AUGAAUCCCGCUCCACACGCACCAAACUAUCCCAUAGCGUCUCUGUACGUUGGUGAUCUAGCAACAGAUGUCACCGAAGCUAUGCUGUUCGAGAAGUUCAGCACUGUUGGGGCUGUGUUGUCCAUCAGAGUUUGCCGUGAUAUAGUCACUCGUCGUUCGUUGGGCUAUGCUUACGUGAACUUUCAACAACCCGCUGCCGGUAAGAAAUUUACGAAGCUUCGCUAGCUUUUUAAAAUGUGAUUUCAGGUCUUAGCUUGAACAAUAUGUGUCUUAAUUCGUUUCUUUCUCGGUUUUAAAUUCCUUACAGCGGAACGAGCGCUGGACACGAUGAAUUUUGACCCGAUCAAAGGAAGACCAUGUCGUAUUAUGUGGUCGCAGAGGGACCCUUCUCUUCGCAAAUCUGGCGUGGGUAACAUUUUUAUCAAGAAUCUAGACAAAAGUAUUGACAACAAAGCCCUGUACGAUACCUUCAGUGCCUUUGGAAACAUCCUCUCUUGUAAGAUUGCUCAAGGAGAGGAUGGCAACUCGAAAGGAUAUGGUUUCGUUCACUUCGACACGGAGGAAGCGGCCGAGGAUGCUAUUGCUAAAGUCAACGGCAUGUUGUUGAAUGACAAAAAAGUGUAAGUCGAAAUUUUUUUCCUUUAGGUAGAGAAAAUCCGAAACACAAGGAUUUUUUGUGUUUUUACUCCUCGAGUUUCAUUUUCAGUGGACAGAUCAUGAAAUAUUCGGUAUUGGUAUUAAACGUUCUUAUCAUGAAUGACCCGUGACGCAUGGUUUGCACCUCUCAGGGUUUUAUCAUGUCCCGAGAUUUUUUGAUCCUGGUGGCGUAUAAUAAUUGCGAAAUCUGGAAACACGGCCUCGAUAAAGUUUGUUUGUAGGUCUCGACUUUGGUUUGGAUGUGGUUUCUCUCUCUUUGUUUGGAUUGGCGUUUUCGAUAAGAAUUCUUUACAUUUUCAAGAUCAAAUGGUGUUGUUAGUGCGUAAAAUUUCUUUUGUGUACCAAUUAUUGCAACACGUAGCAAAUUGAUCUCUGACAUCUCUUCAGCAAUCCUUCUUAGUCAGACUGCUUUUAGAUAUACAGGGUUUUUUUUACCAGUAACACCAGCUUAGCCUACUGUUUAAUUCUACAGGUGGGCGGUUUUAGUGAACCAAUGCGUACAGUAACAUCAAAAUCAUCCACCCUCGUGACCUGCCCGCUGAAACUUCUUUUUUUCAAAGUUAUCUUUGAGGGUUUAGUUUUCCCUGCAUGAUGUUGAUUCGAUGCAAGUUGUUUUGUAGACUUUAAAAAAAGUCCUUCGUCGGAUUUAAUAUGGCACAGGACAAAGGACUUUUCAUACUUUAUUGGUACCAGUUUUAGCGACCCCAAACCGGGUCGCUGCACUUAUACCGAUCAAAGUAGCUCGUUGGGACCCUUGGGGUUAAAGUUGUCACACACAAGUAAUUAAGCGCAUUAAAACGUGACUUGUCCAUUGCGAAAGCAGAUUCUCUUGUGGCGACAGAUGGAGGGAACAAUCAAAGCAUAAUACGUUCAUAAUUUGUCUGCCUUAACCGGACCUGGGGAAAGUUUGGCUUUUCAGCUGGCUUUAUUACUUUUGACAGUUUUGGCAAGGAUUACAAUACCAUCGUCUUGGUGAUUGUUCUACUGAUUGCUCAAAGAUCGGGUCUCAAAAAGCAAUUCCUGUUGCAUCGGAGAUGACUACUAAAACAGCAAGAGGGUAUUUUGAGAUCUCAAGAGAAACUAGAGUACUCGCUUUCUCAUGAAAAUUCCCGGAAUCCACUUGUGUUGUUGCAUCACUACAUAACAGCCACGCGAUCAAAAUGUCGGUCAAUGAGGAAGAACAUCAUGUGCUACAAACAGGGCUCUUUCAAUUCCUUGCUGUGAUUUUUGUUUCGCACUCGCCGGUAUCUAAGAUCUGAAGGGUGCAUUUCCGUUUCAUUGACUUGAGAUCUUUGUUUGUGACAAUUUUAACACAAAGUACAUAAAUUUGCUUUUUUGAUGUCGGAGAGCGGCAUACAUGUUUGAUUGUUUGUAGUACAUUCUGCUUAUGAAGUCUAGGACUAGCAUUUCACUUUCUUGGCUUGAAGGACAAGGAUUAUUCAUUCCAUAUAUUUUUCAUAAUCCAAACAAUGUUCUCACAACUUGAAUUACAAAGUGAUCAUCAAGGGUCUUGCCAGCAGAUUUGUUUUCGUGUUCAUAGUCAACAAAAUAAAUCUAAGUCGUAUUUUAUAAACAACCUACAGAAGACUCUAGACCAAAGAUGAAGACCAAGACUGUUUCAAAUCAUUAACAAUGAGACUUGUCUCUCGCUACUGUCUUUAUAAUAUUAUUUAGAUGCUGACGGGACAAAAGAGAUGCUUUUUUAUGUCUUUGUUUUGAUCUUAGGGAAACAAACAUUGAUUGCACAAAGUUGUUUGAUUGUGCUGAAUCACUGCAACUUCGAGAAGAACAGAACCAAGUAUCAUUGGUACACUACUCCAUUGUAGGCAGUCUGUGAGUAAAAAGCCCCUUUAAUUCAUGCUCCUAUUUUCUAUUUUCAUCUGCUUUUAGCUAUGCCACCAAGUGGAUGUCCCGCAGAGAGCGUCAAGAAAAGCUUGGAAACCAAAUAAAAAAGUUUACCAACGUGUAUGUCAAGAACUUUGGUGAAGACAUGGAUGAAGCUAGGUUUAAAGAGCUUGUGGACAACUUGGGAAAAGUUCUGAGUUUGAAGGUGGUAACAAGUGAUGGUGGACGUUCAAAAGGGUUUGGAUUUGUUUCUUUUGAGACUCCCGAAGAAGCUCAAAAGGUAAUGAGUGUCAGGGUUCUCAUCUCGUUUUUAAGUAGCAGGGCUCAAAGUUUAAAUUUGAGUUUGGGAGCACUUGUGCUACCAGAUGUAAAUUUUUAGGCGCACUGCCGAAAUUUUAGGAGCACAGCUUAUAAUGUUGGGAGCAUCUAUUUCAAAAGAAAAAGUAAAAAGCUUAACAGUGCCACGUUUAUUUGUCAUCUUCGGUUUGUUACUGUGAUUGAUAAAACACAGCCGAUUUGCUACGCAGUAAUACCGUUGUGAUUUUCAAGACUAGUUUCUCUUUUUGACAGUACAGUUGUGUCUAAAGAAAACUUACACUUGAAAAACAAUUCAAAACUGACAACAAUGAGUGUGUCGAACGAGAAUGAAAAUUAACCUUUAAUGAAUCUGUUAAAUGCGCAACGACUUACAUGUAACUAGAAUACGACUUUAAAAACUUUCUUACCUUGAAAAAAAGGCUCUUAACCCGCACUGUUUUUGUUUUGAUUGACGUUAAAACUGAAUGUUUGACAUGAUCGUCCGUUGCCCAAAAAGUACGUGUUUCGUUCGUAGCAUAUAUUUGCAUGUGUCAGCGGUGUUUAUCACAAAACAGAAGAGUCUGGGAUGGAGUAAAACAUCAAAACGAAAAAGAACAUUCAAGUUCGUAGAAUCCAUUGGGAGAAAAGACCAAUUAAACAUACACGGUCUUUCUAGUUCGAGUUCGUAAGUAUAGUCGGAAGUAAGUCAGUCGCAUUGUGCUUUGGGUUUUACGGCGCACAGGUGCGACUACACAUGAAUUUUUAGGCGCACAACUAAAAAUCUAGUCGCAUAUGCGACCAGUUAGUCGCUAACUUUGAGCCCUGAGUAGACAGCUAGGAUGUAAAAGUAGGUGUCUUGGUAAUCAAGUGGUGUAGGCAAGUUGAGGCUUUCACUCCUUCACUUUACCCAUUUCCCCCAAAAGUGGCUCAGACCUCAAGCAGCCAGUUUGUUAUCCAGUUGCAGGCACUUAACGAGAACCCUGCACUGUGCUGAUGUGUCAGAACUUGCACCUACUUACUACUUAAAAACUGUUAAACAGACAAAUAUCUGGUCAAAGCUUUCAAAAUACGGAAUAAUCGAAAAAGGAGUGUCGACUUACUUUUGAACAGUACAUUACUCUAUCCUCCUUGCCUUGCUUGUGGUACUGAUGGAGAAAUUUUUGGUCAUUCCAUUCUUAUGACUUUUUGGAGAAUCAAGAUGGUGGUUAAGAAUGCAUGCAAAGACUUUUAAAGUUCAGUCAAACCUCCACCAAUGGCCACCUCACAACAGGGUCCUUUUUUUCUCUGACCCAGUAGAUGUAUUCACUCUUGUGCCAAUAGGGAGCUUUAGCAAUGGUAAUGGAGAUGACAACAAGAACAGCAAAAAAGCAAUAUGGUUCAUUAGCAAAUAGACAACUUUGAUGCGCAUCACAUUUUUUUGUACAUUUCUUUGUCAUCACUACAUAACCAUGACGUGAAAGUGCCUAGUUUCACAUUUUAUGCAGGACUUAAAAAAGUGAAGAUAAAUUUUUCUUUCUCUUUCUUGUCUUGAGUGCGGUCCCCAAGAAAUCAACUCCAGGGAAAUUUGCCUGCAUUUGACAUUAUCAGUGAAUAAAUACGGCAAAGUUUGAAAAAUGCUAAUUCAAUCUGAAAGUGAGGUUUUCCCUGCCGUCGCUGUCUUCGAUGCUAAAAUUCCCUUAUGUCUUAACAACAUCCACUUCCCAGCAAUGAUCUGUUAGGUCUGUUCCUUAGGUGACCCUUGUUUGGAGCCUUAAUUGCAGAGCUUAACAUUAAUUUUAGGGGGAGGGAUGCAGGUGGCAGGAGAUACUAUUUAUUAUAGCAAUUUCCAUGUUGUAAAACACAAUAUGAAUUACAUGUACAUUUUUGUAAAUUCAAAGGCUGUUGAUGAGCUUACUGGAAAGGAAUGGAAUGGUCAAAAGCUGUAUGCUGCCAGGGCUCAGAAGAAAGCUGAGAGGCAAAUGGACCUUAAGCAACAGUUUGAGAAGAGGAAGAUUGAGCGUAUCAACCGUUACCAAGGUGUAAACUUGUAUGUCAAGAACCUGGAUGAUACUGUUGAUGAUGCCUAUCUGCGUGAGCAGUUCAGUCAAUAUGGGACCAUCACUAGUGCCAAAGUCAUGAUGGAUGACAAGGAGAAUUCUAAAGGUAGUGUACUGGCUGUUUGAAUUUUAAAACCAAUCUUACUCUGGGCAGUGACAAACUUGAUAAGUUGACUAGACAAAGAACUUGCAGUCUCCUUCACAGCUAUAUUUAGGCUCAUCACGCAACACUCCUCCUCGUGACGAGCCUAAAAAUGGCUGCGAAAGAGACUAAAGAACUUAAAGCUUGAUGGAUUGUGGCAGGGCUCGAAAAAAGUGUCAUCUGUUAGUCCAUAACAAUUAGAUUUUCUUGUUUGGCAAGUAACUUAAAGCUUUCUUGUCCAAUGGGCAAGAGUCCAAGCAAGUCAUCCUCUAACAAAAUCAUUAAGUAAGAUGUGAAAGAAGUGGCUCCAGGCAAGCAAAAUGUGAGAGCUGCUUGCCCAUAGGACAAGCUGGAAUUACAUGUUUUUAGGAGCCUUGUCGUGGGUACUUCAGAUUUCAAAAUAUACUCUGACCCUUAUGACGUAUUGCGUGGUGCUUCAGUAUCCUGAGAUUGAUGCAUGCAUCGUGUACAUGCUUCUUUUGUGUUCAGCUCUAACAUUGGUACAAUUCACUGCAGAGCUUUUUUGUUGAUAGCAGUUCUGUGUAACAAAAAAAUAUAAUAUUGUCCGUGGAUUAGAUCAUCUAUUUUAGACUUCAUUAAGUCCUAUAAACGACAAUUAAAUUGUCCUUGCAAUGACCACUAUUUAAACACAGGAGCUAGAAAAUUCUUGUAAGGUGCGGACAAGUGAUAGAAGUUGAAAGUGGCUUUACCUAAACAGAUUAAGAACUCAAUCUCUUUUCUUAUUGUUUUCUUGCAGGGUUUGGUUUUGUUUGCUACUCAUCACCUGAAGAGGCUACUAAAGCUGUUACAGAAAUGAAUGGCAGGAUUUUGGUGUCAAAACCAUUAUAUGUUGCAUUGGCUCAGCGUAAGGAGGAGCGCAAGGCUCAGUUGGCAGCUCAACACAUGCAGCGUAUAGCUGGCAUGAGAAUGCAGCAGGUAUUUUAAUUAUUUAUUGGUACUUUCAAAGAUGAAACUGCAGUGCCUGCUAUUGGAUGGUUACCACCAAGGCUGUGCUUUAAGAAAAUUUGACGGAACACCAAGGGCUCUGAACCUGUAAAAGCCAUGGUGCCCAGCAACUGGUUUCUGUGAAAUAACUAAGGUUUUCUAGUUGACCGGGGCCACUGGGCACUGCUAGAGCACCGCCUUGCUUGCCACUGUCUUGGAUAAAAGGUUUUCCAGAGUUAAAGAGAUAACGUCAUUGUACAAGCAGGGUGCGCAUAGUCUUGAAAAGUCCUUGAAUUUUAGGGUAAGUCCUUGAAAAUUCCUUGAAUUCCAUUUUUCCGUGAAAAGUCCUUCAGGUUCUGUGCAAGUCCUUGAAUUUUCUUCAACUUUGAAUGUAGUGGCCUGGAAAGUGUUUUUGAAUGCUUUUUGGUUGUCCAAGGCGGAAUAUAAAUCAUAGCUCAGAGAAGUUAAUAAGAAGUUAACAAGUGAAAGCUUUUUUUAUUGUAUGCAAUAAUUAGCUAUCGAUUUAAGUCAAGUGAACUGAAAAAAGGAGGGAAGUUGGUUAAACAAACAGUUUCAAGCUUUAAAGUUCUGUUAAAAUGGACUGGGAAUGUGUAGUUUUGUACAAUCUGUGAAAUAACAUUCCUGGUAGGUGGUUGUUGAAAAGACCUUUAAAAAUGGUUGCAAUUUUUUGUGUGAAUACUGUGCAAGACGUCUCUAAAAUUGUGUUGUCCUAUACUGCCCUGCGGUUCCUGUGGUGCUUUGCUUGGUAUUGGCUGUCCACAGUUUGUAUUUGGGCAGACAUUUGUCCUGUGCAAUUAUGCAGUAGAUUGCUUCCCCGUAUAGCACUCUAUUAGUAUGGCUGCAGGAACAUUAAUUUUUGUGUAUUUAAGUUAAGACCCUUAUUGUGAACUGCGCUGCUUAUGCAUUGCAGCAUGGCUUACUAAAGGAAGGUGACUAUACUGAUCACUAUAUAUAAUGAUCAUCAGAAAUAUGUCUGAGAUGUUGCAUAUGCUUUGAAGACUUUUUGAGGGCUUUUAUGUCUGAACACGAAGAAGAGCAAGAUAAAAUGUCUCAUCAUUAUACUUUUUUAAAGUAGUGUUAUAAUCCAACUUCAUUUCUUGAUUUUGAAUGAGUGCAAACUAUUUUCAUAGUUUGCAUUUGUGCAAAAAUCAUGCAAGGUGUCAGUACAAAUUUAUCUUAGAUGCUGACCAGAAUAUUGGAAGUGCAAGAAAGUGUUGUGCACAAUAAUAAUGCAGAGUUAAUGAAGCUUGUUUGUAUCUCCUUAAUUUUAGGCAGCUGGGCAACAGGUUAAUCAAGUAUUCCCUCAAGCAGGAGCAUUUUAUAUGCAGCCAUUGGCCCAGGUAAAAUGAAAAAGUAAACUUUAGGUUUUAAAUUUCCUCACCUGUUGUAGGUACAGUGGAAAUGUGUUUGUCAUAUUGAAAACCUUGAUUUAACAAAUUUUGGGGAAAACAAGCAAAGUGUUCAUUGUAUCGAGGUAUAGUUAAUGAUUAAUUUUCAAUGCCCAGUGUUUUCGGAUAUGACAAUGUAAUAAACAUUUGUAUACGAAGUUGUUUUCUCAGUUCAGAGCUGUACAUAACUACGGCACUAGAAACAGAAGAACAGGCAAACAAAACUGCCUAAAACUACUGUACACAUGAAUUUUAUCCCCGUUGGUCUGUUUUGCAUUCAUCUUAAGCUAUCUUUCGGUCACAUGUUGACAUUUAUUUAUUUUGCCAAAUAAUCCUCGUCAUUUGGUUUUAAGUAGAUAUGCCAUGAAACUUGACCUUUGGACUAUCUCAAGUUGAAUAGUGCUGUUUGAAAGUGUCCUAAGUAUUUAAACUAGGGUCAAUAGUGGUCAAUUGUGUUAAAAAGGCUUGUUUCUUGUCCUUCCUAGGCUAGCCAACGUCCGUUCUUUACACCCCAAAUGCAGCAGAUGCGUCCUCGGUGGCAGCCUAUGCAACAACAGCAGCAGAUGCGACCUUCUGGAAUGCAAAUGCCAGGCGGUGGGCAGGUUCCAAGGGCAAGAGGCAUCCGUCAAGUACCUCCCAGGGGAGUGCCUGGCCAGCAGCAGCAGCCUGGGGGGGGAGGUCCAGGCCAACGUGUUGGAGGUAUGGCUCAGGGACAACAAGUGCGUGGUCUUGGAGCAAUGCAAGGCCAGCCACCGAGGCCAGCGUACAAGUUUCAGCAGAAUGUCCGUAACCAACCACAGACACAUCCAGGAGCAGUGCCAGUGCAGAACCAAGAACGUGUUCAACAGCCUAUUGCCAUACCGGUAAGAACAGAAAGAACGUUAUGCAGUUAAGCCAAAAUCAGCUUUUUUUGAACUGUGUGCUUACUGCUAAAAGAGGAGAAAAAUAAUAAGAAGAGCACUUUGAAACAUGGCAAGGAACAUGUAAAGUACAGUAACAAAACACAAUUUAAGACGAUAAAAAUCACUUAAUGAAUUUUCUUUAGUAAGACGUGCCGAAAUUCACCACCUAUCCUUAAUAAUUAACACCUUCAGAAGCCUAUUUAAGGCUUCUGACACUUUUAAUGUUUUUCAAGUUUUGAUAAAGAUGGUUGACAGUCAUCGAAACUGUCAGCAUCAAUAAGACGUUAAGACUGGCUAUGUUUUAAGAACAUUUUAAAUCAAUUCACCACCUAUGUCAACAUUAAGUCUGCAUACUUACAAACUUUCUGACAACCACCUGCUGGCAAUUUACUGGGUUAUAGAUCCUGAUUAGAUCUGAUUUCAGCAGGUCAACUUAUGAAGCUAACCGUGCAUUUUGGGCUUCUUCUUUUCCUUGUUUACUUUCUUGGCAAAAGAGCUGAGUGAUAAAAUCUCGAAGGGAGAGUGUUUGCGUUACUUUGUUUCUUGUUUUUCCUAAACUAGAUAGCUGCUGAAGGAACCACAUUCUGAACACCUCUGUUUGUCUUUUUAGGGACAAGAACCACUCGAUCCCAGUGUCCUUGCUGCAGCCACUCAUUCUGAGCAGAAACAAAUGCUAGGUGAGCGUCUGUUCCCCUUGAUCCAAUCCACCCACCCGCACCAGGCUGGCAAGAUCACUGGUAUGCUGUUGGAGAUUGACAAUGCUGAGCUGCUUCACAUGCUGGAGUCACGCGAGGCCUUGCAAGCCAAAACCGAGGAAGCUGUGUCCGUACUGAAGGCCCACAACGCUAGGGAGAAGGCAGACUCGAUGAAGAACUAACGCGUGGCCUGUGUCACUCAAGGUUCACUUUUACCGGAUCAAGUCUUUUGCAAAACCUUUAUGUUAAUUUGAACAUGGAUUUGACGAGUUAUUUCAGAAUGAUACGAAUAAAGUUGAUUUUUUCAUCAUUCUGUAAAAAAAGAUGUCGAUUUUUUAUUACUUGCGAAAAAAAAAACGUAUCGUAAACUAUAACCUCCCUCCCAGUAAUACAGUGGUAAUAGGCCCAUCCGCCUGUAAGCCAAAAAAUAUUUGAAUAUAAGCCCCCCUAAACUAAUGUAUUGAAAUGAAUUUGAUUUUAUUCAAUGACGUUAAAGCUUGACUUAAACCAGUAAAUACAAAACGUAUUUUAAUCAGCACUGCUAUAGCUUGUUUCGAAAACUCAGGGCUUAUAAGCGGCAGUUUACGGUAUUCGAACCACUGAUGACUCAAAAGAAAAAUA